UCCUUCGACGACGAAGGAAAGUUUCACCGGAAACACCUUCCGCCUCUCAGGACCAUGUUCGGUCGAUGGCGGAAAUGGACUGUUCUUGUUGCGGCGAUCUGGAUCCAAGCAUCCACAGGAACUAACUUCGAUUUCUCUGCUUACUCUUCACAUCUCAAAUCAGUACUCGGAAUUUCUCAGGUGAGGUUGAAUUACCUCGCGGUGGCUUCUGAUUUGGGGAAAGCGUUUGGAUGGUCGUCAGGGAUUGCUUUAGGUUAUUUCCCUCUCUCCGUCGUUCUUUUCGCUGCGGCGGCUAUGGGAUUUGUUGGUUAUGGUGUUCAGUGGCUAGUCAUCACCAACAUCAUCACUUUGCCUUAUUCUCUGGUGUUUCUGUGUUGCUUGUUGGCUGGAUUAAGUAUAUGUUGGUUCAACACAGCAUGUUUCAUCCUCUGCAUUCGUCAUUUCCCGAACAAUCGUGCUCUCGCCUUAUCUUUAACGGUAAGCUUCAAUGGAAUUAGUGCAGCAUUGUACUCCCUUGCUUUCAAUGCAAUUAACCCGUCUUCCUCGAAUCUAUACCUUCUGCUGAACUCUCUGGUUCCCCUUGUUGUUUCGUUCGCUGCGCUUUACCCAGUUCUUACUAAACCAUCGUUAGACCCUACACCAGACUUUGAGUCCCGGCGACAUGACUCCCAUGUGUUUACCAUUUUGAAUGUUUUAGCCGUCAUGACAAGUUUCCACCUUCUUCUAUCCAGUUCCAGUACUUCAUCAGCUCGUUUGAAUUUCAUUGGAGCUAUCGUCCUUCUGGUUUUCCCCUUGUGUGCUCCUCUUCUCGUUUAUGCUCGGGAUUACUUUCUUCCGGUCGUUAACCAUCGUUUCAACCAUGAAAGCUCUGGCUAUGUUAUGCUUAACAUAGAUGAGCUCAAGAGCCAAAAAGUGUCUGUUUCCAGCAAAAUUGGGUUUGAACAUAUGGGGACUGCUAAGGAAGGGAACAUAGUGAGGAUCGGUGAUGAACACUCGUUUCGAUUGCUCAUAAGUAGAUUGGAGUUUUGGUUAUACUACAUUGCGUAUUUCUGUGGUGGCACUAUUGGCCUUGUGUAUAGCAACAAUUUGGGACAGAUUGCUCAGUCUUUAGGACAAAACUCUACAACCCUCGUCACAAUCUACUCUUCAUUCUCCUUCUUCGGUCGAUUACUCUCUGCCGCACCAGAUUUUAUGCACAAGAGAUUUCGUUUGACAAGAACCGGCUGGUUUGCAAUCGCACUCUUACCAACUCCAAUCGCUUUCUUUUUACUAGCGAUAUCAUCCUCACAACAAACAGCAUUACAAACCGCAACCGCCUUAAUCGGUCUGAGCUCAGGUUUCAUAUUCGCAGCUGCAGUCUCCAUAACAUCUGAUCUCUUUGGACCCAAUAGCGUAGGUGUUAACCACAACAUUCUCAUCACAAACAUACCAAUCGGCUCACUCUUAUACGGUUACAUCGCUGCCUCCAUUUACGAAGCCAACGCAAGCCCCGAGAUAACACCAAUCGUGUCUGACUCAAUUGUUUGCAUCGGAAGAGAUUGCUACUUCAAAACGUUUGUGUUUUGGGGUUUCUUAUCAAUCCUCGGCGUAGUCUCAAAUACAGACGAUUCAGCAGUAGAAGAGCUAAUUUCGCAAGCGAAGGAGCUUUCAGCUUUGGAGCAAGUAGCUGCUAUCAAUUGUUCUGGCUUCACCGAUUCUACUCUCCCCGAUGAUCUCGAAUCUCGCUUCCGUCGACUCAAAUCUCUUCCAGCUGCUCCACGACACGAACCGGUUUCUUCGUCUUCUUCGAUAAAUACGAAGAAGCGUCUCACACACUCCAAGAGCGUGGCGACGAAUCAUCCGAAGGAGGAUGUGAAAUUCUCAGGAAAUCGACGAAAUCCAGGUAAAAAAUCUGGUUCUACGAGUUUAUCUGAUGAAGAUUCGAGAAACAAACGAGAUCUGGAAGUGAAAUCGAGUUCGCAAGCUGAGCUUGUCUCUAAUGGAAGUGGAGAUUUCUCCGAUUCUGGAAACAUCAGUGAGAGUAAAAUUUUCUCGCCAGUGAAACAACAAAUGAAGAAGAAGCUUCCUAAAGAGAAACGCAGAAUCAUUUCACCAUCUUCUUCAUCUUCGAUUGAUUUAGCUACACCACCAUCAACAGAUUCAGAACCAGAAAAGAAAUCGAAAUUGAAGUCGUCAUCAAGCUCAUGGUUCGAUAAGUUAUCUCCGUCGAAAAUCAUCGGAUCCAUUUGGCGUUCUUCGCCGAAAAAAUCAACCACCAACAAGAAGAAUCUCAAAAGCAUCAAAUCGUUUAAUACUGCUGCUUACACUUCUGGUCGAGAGAGGAAGGUCGAUUUUGAUGAGUUUUUAUCUGAUUUGAAUGCGUUUCCAGUGGAAGAUCAAAGGAAAAUGUUGAAGAAAGCGCUUAAGGAACAGCAGAAGAUGAGGAAAGAAGCAGCUGAGAUCAUUAAAAUGGCGAAACAGGCAUCAGCUAGAUUCGAUUUUGAUGAUUGAGAAUUGGGUUUUGGGGUUUGGCUGGUUCAGUUGUUUUGGUUAUUUAAUUUUCCGGUUUGAAGAAAAUGCUCUUAGAUAU